UGCCGGGACCCAGGGCGGCUGCUCCAGCGCGCGGGGCGCACGGGAGGGAAGGAGACAGGAACUGUGAGGAUGGAGAGGGGGAAAGUGAAGAAGAAAGAUAGGGGAAAGGAAACAGAGAGAGAGAAAAUUCGGGAAAAAGGAAAGGAAGAAAAAAGGAAGGAGGUGGAGAAGGGGAAUGAGAAAGGAAAGGAGGAGGGAAAGAGGAAGGAGCGGGAGACAGAGAAAGAGAAGCAACGAUUUAAGGGAAAAGAAGAGACAGAGAAGGACAACAGCAGUGUCUUGUCAAAGCCCCUCCUGGAACCACCGGAGAAAAAUAAUCAUAUCCUAGUAUUGGGCCUCGAUGGAGCAGGAAAGACCAGUGUUCUCCACUCUCUAGCUUUAAACAGAGUCCAACACAGCGAGGCACCCACCCAAGGUUUCAAUGAAGUAUGCAUCAGCACUGAAGACAGCCGGAUGGAGUUCCUGGAGAUUGGUGGCAGUGAACCUUUCCGUUGCUACUGGGAAACAUACGUGUCCAGGGGAAUACUGCUGAUCUUCGUGGUGGAUUCAGCAGAUCACAACAGAUUACCUGAAGCCAAGAAACACCUUCAUCAACUCAUUGAAACAAACCCCAUCAUCCCUCUGGUUGUGUUUGCAAACAAACAGGAUCUUGAAGCAGCCUAUCACAUUACGGACAUCCAUGAAGCUUUGGCAUUGUCUGAAGUGGGAAAUAACAGGAAGAUGUUCUUGUUUGGGACCCAAGUGACUGAGAAUGGCUCAGAGAUACCCUCUACCAUGCAAGAUGCUGUAGACCUGAUCGCACACCUGGCUGCAGAUAUGCAGUGACCAGGCCAGACACACCAUGCGGCUCGCGAUCGAAACAUCACCAGGGAGGGUUGAGUGGCAGGCUUGAAGCCAAAGGUUUACACUUUCAAAUAAAAAAUAAGCCAAUUCCUAUUUUCUCAAUGCAUGGCAUAUAUACAAAGAGAAUGUUAAUUGAUUAAGAGCAUCUCUAUAUUUAGAUUUUGAACUUUAAAAGUAUGGGUAACACAAUGUAUUUGGAGAAAUUUGGGGUUUUA